GUGGGGACCGAGUUCACCACGAUCCUGUACAACUUCAUGUGCAACAGCAGCUGCGUGGGAGGAAUGAACAGGAGGCCCAUCCUCAUCAUCAUCACCCUGGAGACGAGAGAUGGCCAGGUCCUAGGAAGGAGAUCGUUCGAGGGACGGAUCUGUGCCUGUCCCGGCAGAGACCGGAAAGCCGACGAGGACCAUUACCGAGAGCAGCAAGCCCUGAAUGAGAGCGCAGCUAAAAACGGCAACGCCAACAAACGCGCCUUCAAGCAGAGCCCCCAGGGAAUCCCAGCGCUGGGGGCCGGCAUCAAGAAACGGAGGCACGGGGAGGAGGAGAUGUAUUACGUGCCCGUGCGUGGCCGGGAGAACUUCGAGAUCCUGAUGAAGAUCAAGGAGAGCCUGGAGCUGGUGGAGCUGGUCCCGCAGCAGCUGGUUGACUCCUACCGCCAGCAGCAGCAGCAGCUCCUGCAGAGACAGAGUCAGCUGCAGACGCCUUCCUCCUACGGCCCCGUCCUCUCGCCCAUGAACAAAGCUCACGGCGCAGGGAUGAACAAGCUGCCCUCAGUCAACCAGCUGGUAGGGCAGCCGGCACAGCACGGCUCCGGCUCUGCGCCCGGCCUGGCCCCCAUGGGAGCUGGAAUGCUGAACAGUCACUCCAUGCAACCCAACGGAGAAAUGAACGGGGGCCACUCCUCCCAGUCCAUGGUCUCCGGAUCACACUGCACCCCCCCUCCGCCCUACAACCCCGAUCCCAGCCUCGUCAGUUUUUUAACAGGAUUGGGGUGUCCAAACUGCAUCGACUAUUUCACCUCACAAGGGUUACAGAAUAUUUACCACCUGCAGAACCUAUCCAUAGAGACCAUCACCAUCCCCAACCGCGGCGCGGCCGACGAGUGGGCAGACUUUGGGUUCGACCUCCCGGACUGCAAAUCUCGCAAACAGUCCAUAAAGGAAGAAUUCACGGAGGGAGAGAUCAACUGA